AUGUCUGCCUUGCACAGUCUGACGGACUGUGCUAAUUAUGUUCCUCAUUGUCCCACCACAGGUGAAAGCACGUGCAAAAAUGAUCUGCUUAGCACCAGGAACUUAACCAUCGUGCCCCAGUCUGAUGUCCUACUUCCAUGUAUUUUUAAUCCAACUCUUUUUGGAUCAGACACGACUGCAGAUAUAUCAGUUGUGUGGAGUCAGAAGAAUUCUUUCUAUUCCAACCUAGUGGAGAUCACUGUACAGGGAGAAAGCAAGUUCUGGUAUAACAAAGGUGGACGUAUUAUAACGUUCCCUGAACGAGCCGAAUCUGGAAACUUCUCCAUCCUCAUCCGGAAGGUUAAUGAGUCGGAUCUGGAUCUGUACAGCUGUAAGCUGUAUGAGGGGGACAGCUGCAGUAUCGCUUAUCAGGAGCUGCACCUUCAGACAGGCUCCAAUAUUUUGGAGAUGUACUGGCCUCUCAUAGGAGGAGGAGGAGCUGUUCUCAUUCUUCUUGCUGUUUUAUUAUGUUGCGUUAUGUGCAGAAAGCACACAGCUGUCAAUGCCUCUAAUCAACCCCUCUAUGCAAACUCAGGAUUUGUACAAAGGAAAGACACAGAGCCUAGUGAAAAGGAACACAGUUGCAAAGCUCACAGGCACUGUGAAUCUGAAAGUCGUAUUUAUGCCAACCAGCCUAACAAUCAUGGUCGCUGAUGUUGACGCUGAUGUUGACGCUGAUGCUGAAGAAGUCCUGGGUUACAUUUUUUUUUCUUUUGGCUACUCUUUAGGGGUCACCACAGCGGAUCUGAUCCUCAUACCAGACUUGACACAGUAUUUAUGUUGGAUGCCCUGCCUAAUGCAAAUAAAUAAAUAAUAAUAAUUAUUAUUUUUAUGUUCAGAGGUGGUUUAGGUCAGAGCUCUGUGCAGGUUACUGGAUUUUCUCCACUCUAACCUGUCUUUAUAAACUCUGGGUUUUUGCACUGCAGUUCAUUGCUUACUGUUCUUUAUGUAACUGUUGUUGCUGCUGCUUUCAGGUCAUCCUGCAACUCUUCCAGUGAGUGCUGGCAUCUCAUAUCUUUGUUAUUAGUCUGAGAGCAUUUUGUUCGGUGCAUCUAUACAAGGAUAAUUUGUGGUUCCAUGAAGUUACAACUAUUAUUAUUAUUAGAUAUAACAUUUAAGGUGUUUUGAACUUAAAGUACAUUAACAUUUGCUGUAAUUGCUACUUGUUGUGUAAAAUGUUUCAAACCAGUGGCAGGGUGGCACAGUGGCUAAGUGCGUAGCACUGUCACCUCACAGCAAAAAGGUCCUGGGUUCGAUCCCCAGGUGGGGCGGUCCGGGUCCUUUCUGUGUGGAGAUUGCAUGUUCUCCCCGUGUCUCCGGGUAAUCCGGUUUUAUCUCACAGUCCAAAGACGUGCAAGUGAGGUAAAUUGGAGAUACUUAAUUGUCCAUGACUGUGUGUUUGAUAUAACCUUGUGUAAUGAGUAACUACCAUUUCCUGUGAUGAAUGUAACCAAAGUGUAAAACAUGACUUUAAAAUUCUAAUAAACAAACAAACA